CCCUUCAAAAAAAUUAAAGGAACGUGAGGGAUAAGGGAUGAAUAAAUUUAAACGAAUGGUAGAAUAUUUGUGUGAAUAUACACAAUAUAUACGUAUGUAUAUGUAUGCAUAAAUACACGUAAUUGUAUGAGAACGUAUUUAAUGAAUAAAUAAAAGUACACGAGGUACUUGUUAAUCGGUGCGCGUUGUGAGAUAUAUAACUUGGUGUUAAAGCAGCUUGGGUUAAAAAAAGAAACAAGUAAAGAGAAGAAAUUGAAAAAAAAUGUUAAAUCGGUGAUAAAUCAAAUAUCGUCGACGUGUGAAAAUUUGGUGUUAUUUGUUUCGUUUUUUUGUUUCUUUUUCUUCUUCGAAGAAUUUGAUACGUUCUUUUUUACGUAUACGGAAUGAAGCCUGAAUUUAUUUAUACCCCAUGAAAACUGAGCUUAAGUGUUAUUUUUCACAGAUCUAAGAUCACGGCGACAUAUAAACGGCUUAAACCGCGGUGACAAGUCGGGCCCUGGCCGUCAGCCAGUCAAGUUUGCUUAAUUGAUGGUUGAUUAGAUUGCCCGAAUAAUCAUAGCAACAACAGCAAUGAUAAUAAUAGUAAUAAUAACAGCGACGGAAAUAGCGAUGCUGUGAUAAAACGCCGAGUCCAAUUAAUCAUUUCUCCAUGGUAAAUUAGUUAUUUUUUCAUUAUUUUACGUGCAAAGAGGAGAGAAUCGAGAAAAACGAGGAAAAAAAAAAAUCAAACCGUCAAUUUUUCAAAAUGCAGUGGCAAAAAAUUUCACACCAAUUAUAUCAAAAUAAAUAUGAUAGUUUAAUUAAUAAUUCGCAAUUAGCGAUGUGAAUACAGUGAAAUAUACGUAUGUGAGAAUUAAGCGAGUGUGAAGAGUGAAUGAAGGUGAUAAAUUCAUCCUCGUCAUUAUUAUCGUCGUCGUCGUUGUUCUUAAUUGUGAAAUUGAUAUGAAGAAGCUUUUAUUAGUGAGCGUAUUUUUUUUUGCAAAUGCCGAAGUUCUCAUAACCGACGUCGACCAACCGAUACCCAUCACCGAGGUUUCAGCGGUCGCGGGUUUCAAGGCCCGGCUACCUUGCGAGGUGGCCCCCUCUUCACGAGGCGACGUUCUCUUCAUGGUUCUCUGGUACAAUGAGAAAAUUGACGGCGAGCCGGUUUACAGCCUCGAUGUACGGGGGCGAGGCUUCGAUCAGGCCAAGUUAUGGUCGGACCCAAACGGCUUCGGCAGCCGCGCCCUGAUGAAUGUUAACGCCAGUCCGGCCGAGCUGGUCAUCGACGAUCUGCUCGCCUCUGACGCAGGCGUUUACAGAUGCAGGGUAGACUUCAAGAACAGUCCGACUAGAAAUGUCAAGAUCAAAUUGACCGUAAUCGUCCAGCCAGAUCGGCCAGUGGUGCUGGACGCGAAUCGGCGAACGAUUGAAAAGGUAUCACCGAUAUACAACGAGGGUUCAAAUUUGACCCUGUUCUGCGAGACCUGGGGUGGAAGUCCAUCUCCGAGGCUGACAUGGUACCUUGGCAACGAAGUGAUGGACGACACCUAUUACAGGGAGAAAGACGAGGUCACUGUAAACCGCCUGGACAUACCCAGGAUAACAAGAAAGUUUUUUGGAGCUCGUUUGGUGUGCCUGGCCAACAACAACAGGCUGGUACCACCUCUGAUGACGGAAAUAGUGAUGAACGUGAACCUGAAACCGUUCGCCGUCAACAUAACCAGCAAGGAGCCGAACCUCUCGGCGUUCAGAACCUACGAGAUAAACUGUACCAGCUUCGGGUCGAGACCGAAGGCUGUGAUAACGUGGUGGAAGGGAGAUCACCAGGUGAAGCACAUGGCAAGAAACUUUGCAGAGUUUCCAAACGUGACGAAAAGCAUCCUGAGCUACGUGCCGACAAUCGAGGACGACGGGAAGUAUCUGACAUGUCGAGCUGAGAACCCGGAAGUGCCUAACAGCGCUCUAGAGGACAGAUGGCAUUUGGUUAUCCAUUACCUGCCGAUCGUGACGAUAAGGAUAGGCUCGAGCAUCAACGCUCGGGACAUAAAGGAGGGCGACGACGUUUACUUCGAAUGCAACAUUAAGGCCAAUCCGAAGGCCUACAAGCUCUCUUGGUUCAAGAACGGCAAAGAACUGCAUCAGAACGUCUCGAUCGGCAUUAUAUUUAGCGAUCGUUCUCUAGUUCUCCAAAGCCUGACUCGCCACUCGACUGGCGACUACACUUGCCUGGCCGCAAACACCGAGGGCAAGUCUUCCAGUGAGCCGGUCACCCUUGAGGUCAUGUACGCGCCGAUCUGCAAGGAGGGAUCGGUGAUGCAGGUCGUCGGUGCGUUGAAGCAUGAGACGAUAUCCUUGUUCUGUGGCAUCCAGUCACGACCACCGCCGACCAAUUUUCAUUGGACAUUCAACAAUUCCGGUGAACUUGUCGACGUACCGUCGACUCGUUAUUCGCAGGUAGAGACUGUCAGACUGUUGACCAGCCAGUGGCACGGCUCGCGUCUCAACUACACACCGUCUUCCGAAAUGGACUAUGGGACCAUCGCCUGCUGGGCCAGGAACCAAGUUGGCAGACAAAAGAACCCUUGCCUCUUCCAGAUCAUCGUUGCCGGUCGACCCUAUCCGCUUCACAAUUGCACUGCCGUUCAGUCCACCGGGCCCUACGCCUACAGAAUGGGACUGGACGAGGGUAGAGGUACGGAUUCGCGUGAGGCUGAUUGGCUGAUAGUGAGAUGCACCGAGGGUUUCGACGGUGGUUUACCAGUGACGAGUUUCGAGCUGGAGGUUUACAGCGAGGAGACAGUUUCCCGGGCGAACACGAUAUUCUCCUCGAACCAGACGGACCGACUAGGCUCCCAAGGUCCGAUAUUCGAGGUGCCGGGCCUGGAACCAGGCCGAAACUACAGACUGUUGCUCUACGCGGUGAACGCCAAGGGGAAGAGCGACCCGGUUGUCCUGGAGCCGAUAACGUUGAAAGGGGUGGCGAUGUACACGACGGGUCGAGAUUCCUCGGAAAACAAGAAGGACUACAGCCUGCUGGUCGCGUGUUUCGCCGGUGGUGUAACGGCGGCGUGCAUCCUGGUCGUCGGUGUGACGUUGACGCUGUAUCGUCGCAGCCACCCGUCGCGCCUGGCGAAGGUCCCGCAGGAUGCGGAUAGGGAGGUACGGGAAUACAGCGAGUUGCGUAAGGACGAGAAGCGGCCGCCGCGGGAUCCGAGGCCGCAGGACCUCCAGGACCCCUCGCAGGACGAGGAGCCCGACGUUAUCCCGAUAAAGGUCGACCGUCGGCCGGACAUCUUCGAGCCGACGUACGCGGCGAAACCGGAACGGAUAAAAAACUUCCCCUCGAACAUCGAGCGUUUCGGUUAUCCCUCAUCGCCGUCCUCCGUCCUCCACGGCAAGGACUCGUGGAUAUACUCCGAGGGUUUCACGGAGCGCCCUUCGCCCCCAGGAAACCCCCUAAUUAGCCCCCUUCGUCCCAACACCCUUCCCGUCGUCCGUAAUCACGAUAAUAUCUGCACGCGGAGUUCCCGCGUUCAGGAAAGUUCUAUAUAAUACCAUCGUCAUCAUAGUUAUAUUACCAAAUUUCUAUACCCUUCAUUAUUUGUAUAUUAUUUUCUUAACAACGAUAAUUACAGGGGAUUUUAAAAGCAGACGAAAACUGUAUACGUGUGUUAUAAUUGUAUAUUGUUUCGUAAUGUUUCUCGUCGAUAUCGUUGACACAUAUCGUGUGUAUAUAUUAUGUUUAUUUGACUGUGUAAUAAAAAAAAAAAAAAGAAACUAACAAAAAAAAAAAAAAAUGAGACAAAUCUGUUGUUGAAUCAAAAAUGAAAAAUACGAAAAAUGUAUAUCAAUGUUUGUACAUAGACAAUAAUGAUAAUAAUAAUAAUAAUAACAACAACAACAACAAAAACAAAAUUAAAGUAAUUAAUAAAUCGCAUCGU